UUUGUUUCCAAUAGGUUUCUGGGAUAUAUCGGGCUUUGAGCGUAAGAGUUGGACCAACCCAGAGAACUGCAAAAUCAUUAUUCAAGGCAUGCUUCUAUCUUUUACUCCGUUAAAGGUCAAGCUCUUGUCAUUGAGGCGGCUGCCUAUAAUGCAUACAGUGAUCUUUUUCUUUUGAUUGCAGACUUACAUUGAUUGUCUGCAUAUAAAAAAGUCUGACAAAUCUAGAAUGCUGGCGGAGGCGCAGACGGAAUUUGAGAAUUCCUUGGGUGGAAAUUCAGAAGAGAUUCUUUUUGAUGAAAAGAGGAAAUCCUUUGUAUCUGCUGGUCAUCUUCGUUGGCUUUUUACUCUUUAAAGCACUAUGGAUGCAGCUAGACACCUCGGCCGAAUUCCGCAAUGGCGCUCUUCCGGGACUUCUCUCUUUGUCCACCAAGUUGGUGCCAACUAUCAUGAACAUGAUGAAGAGAUUAACAGAUGAAGGGGCAGCAGCUACUGCGGAUAACAAUCCUCAAAGAAACCCUGCAGUAGCAUUAAAGAGCAUAAGCAAUGGAGCAAAUGCUAGCAGUUCCAUGUCAUCUACUGCCUCAUCGGAAGUGACAGAAUCUAAAUACUCUAGUCCUUCAAAACAAGAAUAAUUUCAUGUUAUAUAUGCUUAUUUGUUUGUUUGAUCAAAUUGUAUUAUUUGUUUGUUAUGCUUACACAUAUAUUAUAGCUCUGCUUCUCUUAGUGUACAAGGCUUGGUAAUGUUACCUUGCAAUGUUUUCUUCUAUUUUAGCUUUAAUUAGUUUGAAUCAUUCCUUCAUAACCUUGAAUUUUGCUUAUUCUGUUUGCAGGUUUGGGAAUAUCUAGUGAAAUGUUGCCUAAAGAGUCACUAAGUGAUCAAGCAUGGAAUACCAAGCAAUGAAGCAAAAUAUAUUUUCUUUCAUCAUGUAAAUUCAACUAGCUAGGAAACUUUAUAGCAAUGACAUGUUACUUGGAUUCAAUAUUUGGUGGAUAUAUUGGAAUUUUAUUGAUGUAUCACAUUGCUUUUGGCGUAAAUAUUAAUCAUUGUUCAUUGGAUAAUGAUUUCAAGCACUAAUAUAGUAAACUUCACACAA